GCUAGAUUUGUACUCAAAAUUUUGUAAACACGUUUUGAAAUUGUUAUUUCUCAGCACAUGUUAAGCCAGAAAUUUCUUUAAAUUUAAAUUGUUUUGUUUGAUUUUAUUGUUUUUAUAAUGGUUCGGACUAAAUUUGAAGAUGCAAAAGCAGCCAAGGAACAGUUACUCAUUCCAAUAGAUAAAAAAUGGUGGCAAUUAAGACCUGAUUUAUCUGCUAUCAAAAUAAAGUCAGCUCUCAAUUCAGAUGAGGAGAGUCUUCGUCAAGAGGCUGAAUAUUUACUUGAAACGGAUCGUAAAAAAUAUUUAGCUUACAAACAAGCAGCAGAAAAAUCGGAUUUCAAUUGGAUAACAUCUGUCAUUAAAAGUGGUACAUUUACUGAUCGACUCUCAGCUAAUACUCUGUUAAUUCAAGAUUCCCCGAUUCACAAUUUACACUCUCUACACAAGCUUAUAGACAUAGUUGACUCAAAAGGUAUCAGAGAAUGUCUCAUGUCAAUGGAAAAUUUGAAAGAACUCUUUCUUGGUGAUUUACUUUUGAAAGAUAAAAAAUUAAAAACCUUCUCAGAGCUUAUCGGAUAUUUACAUAACAAGCAAGGAGAUCAACGUAAUCGUCAAUUAGUUAUUUUCCAUUUUGAAGAUAAGUUAUUGUCAGAGUAUCGACGAUUUUUGGAAAUAUUAGCUAAAGUUUCAAUGGAAGGAAAUGAUGCUGUGAAAAGUAAAGCUGUUAAUGUGAUGUUCGAAUUACUCUCUGAAAGACCAGAGCAAGAGCAAUUUUUAUUGGAAAAACUAGUGAAUAAGCUUGGUGAUCCCAUUCCAAAAAGAGCAGCUCAUGUAGCUAACUUACUUGUAAAAUUGGUAAACCUGAAGCAUCCUAAAAUGAAGGAAAUUGUUGUUAAAGAAGUAGAACAAAUACUUUUCCGUCAACAUAUAUCAGAACUAGCCCAAUUUCACGGACUGUGUUUCUUAAGUCAAGUUUUACUUGAACACAGAGACAAAGAUUUAGCGUCGAGAAUGAUAAAUAUUUAUUUCAAUUUUUUUGAUGCCUCUACAAAAAAAGAAGACGUUAAAAACAAGAUGAUGAACGUUUUAAUCACUGGAGUAUCACGAGCCAUGCCAUAUGCAAACAUGAAACCAGAGCUAUUAGAAAAAAGAUUGGAAUCGUUUUACAAAGUCAUUCAUCUCGUAAAUCAGAAUACUUCUGUUCAAGGAAUGGUCUUGAUAUUCAAUCUCAUGGAUAGCAAAGAUUCAGGAUUAAUAAGCGAUAGAUUGUAUACAAUGUUGUACCGUAGUCUUCUAGAUAUCAACAUGGAAACUUGUUCCAGACGAGCUCUUUAUUUGAAUUUAUUAUUCAAAGCGAUGAAAAGAGAUCCUGUUCCUCAUAGAGUGAUAGCUUUCAUGAAAAGACUUCUCCAGAUAUGUCUUUAUCAGCCACCAUCAAUUGUGUGUGGUAUUUUGGUUUUGAUUUCUUCUAUUGUUAAAAUUAAACCAGAGCUACAAGGAACUCUGAAACCUGUUCAAGUGAGUAAAAUUUUGACCGAAGAUGACGAAGACGAGCAUUACGAGGAUAUUGAAAUAGAUGACGAGGAGGAGGAAGAAGACAAUAAAUCUAAAAAGAGCAAAAGUCACAAGGGUGAAAGUUUGAAGGAAAAAUCCAAACUCAGCAAAAAGAAGAAAGAUAAGGCUAUGAAAGCUGCAAAAGUUGAUAGCGUGGAAACAAAUGGAGUUGAAAAAGAAAAAGGAAAAUCAACUGCUCCUGUGACUUGGAUGCAUAAUAAAAAUUUGAAGAAUGAACAAAAUUCAACAGUCUACGACAUCUCAGCUAGGAAUCCAAUUUAUGCAAAUGCCAAAUACUGUAUCAAUUGGGAAUUAACGUUACUGCAAAAUCAUUAUCAUCCUUCUGCCAGUUUGUUCGCUAAUAAAAUGUUGGAAGGAGAAUCGAUUAGCUAUGAAGGUGAUCCUCUGGAAAAUUUUACAUUGAAACGUUUUAUGGACCGAUUUGUUUUCCGUAAUCCAAAGCAAAUUGAUAAACAAAAGGCAGCACAAGCAGCGAAAAGCACCGUAUUUGCUAGAUUAAAUAAGUCUAAAGUAACACCAAUCCAAGAUUUGGCUAACGCACCUAAAUCAAAUGUACCUUUAGAGGAGCAAUUUAUUUAUGACUAUCUGGUUCAAAAGAAAAAAGAAGCUGAAGAAAAUGAACAAUUUAAGGACAACGAAAGUGUUUCAAGUGAAGACUUCGAAAGACUUUUGCUUAAAUUUGAACCCGACAUUGAUGCUGAUACUGAUUUCAUGAAUAUAUCUUGUAAGAAGGAUAAAAAGAAAAAAGGUAAACAUGAUGCAGAAGGAGAAGAGAGCUCAGGAAGUGACGAUUCACUAAGUGACGAUGACUUUGAUAUGGAUUCGGACGAUGAGUUCUAUCGUGAGGCAUUUGAUGACGUUGAUGAGGAUCUCGCUGAAGUCGAGUUCGCUGGCGAUGAAACUUUUCUUUCAGACAAAGAAGAAGGAUCGGAAGAUGGAGAAGAUAUGGACACCUCUAAAUAUAAAAGAAGAGGAAGGGAUAAAAAUAUGGUCAACCUAUUUGCUGCUGCUGACAAAUUUGCUCAUCUGUUGGAAGGAAAAGAAUCAGAUGAAGAGAAUAAAAAUAAUUCGGAUGAUGAUGACGAUGAUGAUGAUGAUAAUAACAGGAGGAAUAAACGCAAUAAGAGAAGAAUGCCUAAAAGAAAACCAAAUCAGAAAUUUAAAAGACGAAGAUGAAUGCAUAGUUAUUCUAAAUCAAUCAAAAUUUCUUAUUUUUGUUGAAAAUUACAAUUGGAAAUAGCUUUUUUGUAAGAUACGACUUCAUGUUUCUAAUUUAAUAAAUCUCACUCCUCUAUCCAAA